CAAAUGGUUCUUUCAUUCUGUGUAAAAAAUUGGCCUAAACUGGAGUCACUUGACCUCGGCUGUUGCUCAUUUAUCUCUGAAGACCAUGAAGAACAUUUAGACCAACAGCUAGCAAAGCUGUCACAUCUGUCUACAACACAUGAUGUUGCGAGGUAGGGAAUGGCCCCAGCUUGACCAGGCAUCAGGAGCAAAACAGCUGCAGAGGCAUGGAGUUCAGUCCGGGCACAUUUGUCUUUCUGAAACAGAGCUGUGUGACAACCAAAAGGCACCCAACCAGGUGCUCUGGGAAAAAAAAACCCAGGAAGCGGUGAUGCAAUCACCCAUUUACUUGCUCUGUCAGUCUCUGAAGAAUCCAAGCUGUGUAUUAAAGACAUUAAGGUUCUGGGGUUGCAGUCUUACAGAUGCCUGCUGUGGGGAUCUGGCUGCUGUAUUCUGCACCAGCCAAACCCUGUUAGAGCUGGAGCUGGAUGCUAAUGGCCUGGGAGAUGCCGGAGUGCACGUGUUGUGUGAGGGGCUGAAACACCCUGCAUGCCAACUGAAAGCAUUUCGGUUGAGCAAAUAUGGAUUCAGUGAAGAAACUCUUCGAGAGCUGGCUCACCUAAGAAAAAUGAAGCCCAGCCUGAACAUAGGAUACAUCUUUUGAUCAGGACUCUCCACAGCUGGGAUAUCUGGCCCCAGGGCUCUGUCACUAGAGUAGCAUGUGUUAAAAGUGAAGUAGGGACCAAGAAAUGUUUGUUCCAGUUUAAGGAUUCUGCUAUAAUGGCAAAAACAAUUCUGAGCAUGUGACUGAGAUUGGCCAGUCAUCCUCAGGACAGUAGGAGCUGAGUUUUACCCAAGCACCAUCGAUCCAAAUAACUCCCUCCCCGCCUUUCAAGCUCAUAUCUGAGAGGGGAAGGAAUCAGACAGAUACAAUGACGAGGAUAUGGAUGAGUCCAGGAACUUUCCUCUGUCAUUCUUGAAGCUUUGAGAUUCAAUGGGGGGGUGUCGAAGAACAUGCUUUGGAUGCCCAUAUUCUUAUUCCAUUUCCAUGGAUUUGUAUACCGAUGAUGCUUUCUGUAGUCUUGUCUCAUUUCACAGUUCUAAAGGGUAUCAUUUCUGUCUCCAUUUUGAUUUAUAUCUAUCCAGAAUGAUAUUUGUACCAAUUUUCCUGAAAUCAAAUACUGUUCCCCUCACACUGUGAGAUUUCCAUUCCUUCCUGUAGUCGGUAUCAAUGUCUAAACACUGUCCUCGGGAUCAGGGCUAGGGCAAUUCCCAGACAUGGUUUCUCUGGCUGAGCUAGGCUGAGCCCUUAGUGCCUCCCCUCCCCCACUUUUAGGGAUCUUCUGGGCUUUUUCAAGAAAGAUGUAAGGGGCAACAAAGGACCCUAG